UUCCGUUCAAAUAAUUUUCAAUAUUUACUGAAGCUUUAAUCAGUAGCUCAGUGACCAAUUUAGCUUAAUGUUUGCAUCAUGAAGCUGAUUUUGAUAUUUUUCAUUAGUUUUUCACUAUUUUAUGGAUUUUGUGGACAUAAAAAUUCAAUCAAAAAUUAUCUCGAUGGCUAUAAGAAGACAUUGAUUAAAAUGCCAUACAGUGAGUCGUACCUGAGUGAUCCGAACUUUCAAUGUCUUGAGGAGAAGUUGAAUUUGACAAAUAAUGGAAAUAAGACAAUCGAUGCUGAGCUGGCUAUAGCUACAUUAACAUUUGGACUCAUCAUCUGCUCAGAUUCGUACAUUGAAAGUGACAUUGAGAAAAAGUUUGAAGGAAUUGAAAAGUUUGUUGCCAAAAAUCCAAAUGUCAUCAAAUGCAUGAAGUGGGAACUGCACAGGACAGUCAAGGACUCAUCAUAUCCAGAUCCACAACUUAACCAAUCUGACACAUUUGCGUGCCGAAAAAUGAAAAUCAGCGAUAAAAUUAAGAAAAAUUUUGACUCUCAAUUUACUUUUUUCACAACAAACGUGUCGUAUGUUGACUGUGCUGAUUUCAAGGCCAACAAGAUUAUCACAUUGAAGAUGUACAUUUUGACUGAGGAAGAAGAUGAAGACACAAAAAGUGCGGGUUUGAGAAAUAUUGUCAAUGACUCAAUCGGACAAAAUGAAAAGAUUUUUAAUUGUUUGAAGAAUUUUAUUGAGAAUUUUAAAAUAAAAGUUAAAAAACAUUAAAAAUAA